AUGGCUGAGACAGAUCCCAAAUCUGUGCAGGACCUUACCAAUGUGGUUCAGACUCUGCUACAACAGAUGCAAGACAAGUUCCAGACCAUGUCAGACCAGAUCAUUGGAAGGAUUGAUGAGAUGAGUACCCGUAUCGAUGACUUGGAGAAAAACAUUGCUGAUCUGAUGACGCAAGCAGGGUCAAGGCUCAUGAAGGUUGCUUGA